CAUCAGCUGUUUAAAAUAAUAAAAAAUUAUCAGAAGUAUAAAAUAAAAUGCAAAAAAAAGAAUCUGGUGACUAAAAUUAAUAAAAAAUAAAUAAACAAUUAAACAAAAAUGGCGUCAACACUGUGCCGGUCUUUUCAUCGGCUGAGAGUCUCCAUCGGUUUAAUACCUAAGUCAAAUUACUCUUCUCUCCACCAAUCACGGAGUAGUCCAACCAUAAUUCCGCUAAUCGACCCAAAGUCAUGCCAAUUGUUGUCAUUGAGUCCAUCACUGAGCUCCCUGGACCUAAACAUCCGGAACCCGGGUCUGAUUUCGCAAAUCAUAGAUCUACCGGUAGUAGAUCACAGAAACGAAGUGAUCAACCCUCGGAAGAUCAUAGACCAGGUCGAGAAAGGCUCGCCUGGAUCUGCUCCAGUAGAGCUUCCGACGAAUCAAAUUAUUGAGAAGGAAGCUGCUAGAUUGAUUGUAAUCCGGCGGCACAAGAUGAAGAAGCACAAGAAGCGCAAGCUUAAGAAGAAGAUGAAGUUCCUCUGGAGGAAAUAUAAACAGAGAAGAGUCCUAAAGAAGGAAAAGAGGUUCCACCGGGAAAUGUUAGCUCAGAUCCGGAGGGCUGAGAGGUUUGACCCGGCAACUUACAUCCGCUCCAGAUUGGAUAUCCUGGACAAUGUUAGGAUCCCCAAUGUAUGGAAGGGAGAAGUCAUGUCCGAAUCGAUGGUAAAGAAGUUUAUGCAGGAAGAGGAAGAGAAGAAGCUUAGAAGACUCAAUCGCCCUAGGCUCACUUUGGAUUGAAUUUUUAUAAGCUUUAAAAGUAUCUAAUGUAAUAUUAAAUAAAGUAAAUAAAGUAAAUAAAA